UUUGCUGUUUUCACACUGCCCUGGGGCUUGGAGGAAGAAGAGUUUCUCACGAAUCCUCUGGGCCUCAGGCAGUCCCUUCCCCCCACUGGGCCCUCAUGUUUCCAUCAACUGGCAGAAAGUAGAGCGUGGCCCCACCACUUCACAUUGGGAGCGCCAACAGCUGAGUAAGAAAGAGCACGUCUCCUGCAGUGGGCAUCGUGGCCACCCCAGUAAACCAAAUCUGAUGCUUUUGAACCUUAUACCAACUCAGCCUGGAAUUUCAGGUGAAGAGAGAAAGGCCAGUUCAUCUUCCCUGGCUUUGUGGUACUCCUGACAAUCUUCCUGGUCAUCAUAGCUGCCUGUAUCCUAUGGAGCUGGAGAAAGCAGAAGAAGCGUGAGUCUGUGUGUGUCUCCAGUUAAGCUGCAGUAGGAUCAGUCUUCCAGCCCUGCAUUUAAACCCUGGGGAAAUUCCUAAUGGGAAGCCACCUCCCUCGAGUCCUAUGUCCUUUUCUGAUGCUCGGGUCCUAAUCUGUAGCCAUAGCAUAGAUCUGAGUGCCGUUGAGAAGAUGUUGCUUUGGUGACCUUGAGUCCUGUUCCCUCUUCCUGCCUCUGCCCACUGAAUUCCUUGUCCUUUGGCUGAAUUGGAAAUAUAUCUUUGGAAAUAUAUCUUCGAUGAGAGUUGGUGAGGGUAGGGACUAUUGCUGGGGACUAUUGAUCCUGAGAGUUCCCCAUGGCCUGUGUUCUGACCUAUUCUCCCACUGUGUUUCAGGGCACGUUCCUUACUUCCAAGUAGCUCCAUCACUGACUCUGCCUCCAGCCAGACAGCGAACCAAAAAUAUUUAUGACUUCUUGCCCCGGCAACAGGCAGAGCUGGGGAGACAUCAGUCAAGUGGUUUCAGUACCGAGAGCCUCCUCUCCAGAGCAUCUGACAGCCCUGAGCCUGAGGCCCCCCGAGCCAGUAGUUCCCUUCAGAUGCAUAGAGUGUCCGUUCAUGCUGUGGAGUACACAGUAGGCAUCUACAACAAUGACACUGUGCCCCAGAUGUGUGGGCACCUGGCCUCCUCUGCACAUCACGUGUGUGUCAAAACUUCCAGAAAUAACCCCAGCAUUUCUUCCAAGGAGUCAAACGAUUAUGUCAAUAUCCCCACAGCAGAGGACUCCAGUGAGACUCUACCUCGCACCGAAAGCACUCCUGAAUAUCUCCUUGGUCUUCCAAGUGCCCAGCAGCUGGAGUUUGCCAAAGGAGGGCACGCAGGCUGUGAGAAUGCCACUGACCACACUGGUUUGUGGGCUCCAGGACCCAAGUGCAGUGAUUCACUCAGUGACAGUGACAACUCAUCUCAGACUUCAAAUGACUACAUUAAUAUGACAGGGUUGGAUCUUGAGGACACCCAAGAGAAUCAGCCCAGGGGAGCUUUUCAGUGCUGCAGAGAUUAUGAAAAUGUCCCAUCAGUAGAUACCAAUGAAAGCCAGCUGCAAACUCUGGAAGAAGUGACAUCGUCAACUACAGACCAUUCGGAUCCUGUCUGGAGGACCCUAUCUUCAGUGUAUUAUAUGGCAUUUCAGCUGUCUGCACAGAGCAAGGACAGUGCCAUGGUCCAUAGAGAAGAGCAGUCAAGUGAAGAAUCUAGUGACUAUGAGAAUGUGCUGGUUGCCGAGUUAGAAGGCAGGGACUGGAAACAGGGAUCUGGCACUCGGCAUCCUUCUGAUGAAGGAACACCAGGUGACUUAGCUGGAAAGCCUUGUGAGGAGGCCUACACUGCUGGGUCUUUAGCCACUGAAACAUCUGGUGAAGAUGACUGAAUGCCCUAGCAUCGUGGGACUCACUUGGUUAGGCUGAGGAGGCCCAAGAGAAACAGGGCACUAACAGUCUUCCGAAAAGCAAAAAUUUAGGAAGUCCAGAGAAUUCUUCUUGAUCAAGAUUGCUGUUAGCUCUCAGGCCAACUGAAGAAAAUUAGUGACACUAUGUUAUGGGGACAUUGGGGGCAGGGAGGCACAUAGCACUUAGAGUGGAAGCAUGACGUGUUAGGAAAUAAUCACUAUCACAAACUCCAGCUGCCUGCCAAGCAGGAGAGUAGAUUAUUCUAUGGCCUGGGCAGGUCAAAAGGAGGAGCAGGCUGGGGUAGGGUGGGCAAUUUCCAGCUUAAGAAGAGCUGGCAAGGGUGUAGAACUACAGGAGCCCUGUCGCUGCUGGUGGAUUACAAAUCAGAUAUCCUGCCAUAGGAGCUGUCCAUUUCACCCUUACAUUGAAACUACUUUUAACCUAUACUAGAGUUGUACAAAUAAGUUAACCUGUUGUAGAUAAGGAGGGGCAGGUUCCCUUUAAACUGUUUUUAUUUUAUUAGCCUGAGUGAUAUAUGGCCGUUUUCUUUUUCUUUAACUUUUGAUUCUCUGUGAAGUCACAUCAUGCACCUCAAUGCCAUUCGUCUCCCCAUCCCUCUCUAUCUGCCCUCAGCCCUUGCAACAUCCCCAGCAAAAGAAAAUAAAAAACAAAUUUAAAAAAAU